GCGUUUCCCAAAAGCAUCACAAGCCUACGUUGAUCGUAGCUCCAUUGGUGACAGUGGUUUUAAGAUCAACUUAAGGUUAUGAUGCUUUUGGGAAUGCAGCCCAGGCCACCUAUUGUCCCCAACAAUAUUUGAAGGCUCUCCCCACUCACAGUUUCUACCCAAAUAAAAUAUUCUGAAGCCUUGAUAUUACUAAAAUAUGUAUUCUUGUUUAAAAAAUUUUUUUUAUUUAGAUUAAAAAUGAAUUUAGAGGAUUUGAGUCAUCUUGAUGCCCCCUUGAAAUUAAGCCAAGGCCCCAGUUGAGAAACAUUACUUUAAAGAGUCACAAAACACUAGACUUGAUCAGAGCUGUAUCUGUACAAGACAAUAGCAUCUGUUACUUUUUUUUGUAAUGUAACUUUUAUUUUUCUAUUCUUCCCCAUUUUUGACCCUUUAAAAUCGUCGUCUUCCACAGAAUACCAAAGCAAAUUUAGCAAAAAAAAUAAUUCUUUGCAUUUGCAGUACCCAAAAAUUACGAAUUCAAAGCAUCUGUGACACUCCAUAGUUGCAUCGAGAUGUGUAGGUCUUGUAUGGAUCCCUAAGGGGUAAUUUAUGGGCAGUGAGUCAUGUCACCCCGUGUCACCUUGUCUCCUGUCCUUCCUGGGCCUUUAGACCUGGUGACCAAUGUGUGGUGUGAAUGGAUUAGCUCGACAAUACCCAUGUGCGUGUUUAAACACAGUUUGAUAGGAACUCAAUCAGAACUUGAGAUGCCGCGAUGAGUCAGUCGUACGACAGCCGUCACUUUCUCUGCUCGGGUCACCCUAUGGGGGAACCUUCUCUGUCAUUAAAACCAAAGUCAGGCUAGAGUGUUUGUACACUCUUUCUGCUCGUGGGUGUCUGUGGUCAAUGUGCAUCUUGGGGAAUCAAAGGUCAUAAAGGAUAGAUGUGAGGUCAGAACGAUCACUUUUUACAACUCAAAGGAAAUUAGCUAGACGUUGGCUUUUUAAUGAAACACAUUUAUCUAGAAUGAUAUUGGGGUCAAUAUUGAGUUGCCAUGUGUGAAAUAUUAAUGACGAUUUGUUAACAGAGUAAUACAUUUUCUAGUUUUUAAAUUAUUUUGACCGCACAAUUUUGUUUUCCAAAAACAUUUUCAUCGUGAAUUUUCUCAUGCUAGUUUAUUGCCACCUUGGCAUGUUAUAGUGUAAAUAAAGAUUUGUUCACGUUUGGUCGUCUAAGAAAAUUGAUUGUGUCAAACUUGCGCAUGUGACGUAGUUGCCAACAGUUGCGUGUUUCUGGGAAUCAUGAAGGAUGUGUGCAGUCGUAUAAGUGUUUGGUUUAAAAAAGGACAUCGUCCCAUAGGGAUCAAUAGUGUUUGGAGAUGAUAAUUGGAAUUGUGCUGAUCUUACACAGACUCCCAAAAUAUGUACACUGACCAGGCGAAGUAUGUGAGCGCUCGGGAGGUCAGGGUGUGUGUGUUUUUGGGCAGGGAGGGGAGAGCUGGUGUGGGACAUAAAUUGUGAGGAAGAGGAGGAGGAAGAAUCCAGAGAAUGAGUGGAUGACUGAAUCUCUGUACUUCCAUUGAACUGCUCACUGAGGGAAAGAUUGUAUCAGCAUUACUGAGAUCAGAACUUCAGAAGAGGAACUGCUAUAGAAAAUAAUCCGAGAGACCUGUUGAAAGAUAAAGUUAUGUUGAACGUCUGCAGGCUGUUUUUGGUGAUGGGGAUGCUGCUGUGUCUAAGUGCCCAGUUUGCCCUCUCUCAGCACUGGUCUCAUGGCUGGUACCCUGGAGGAAAGAGAGAGAUUGAUGCUUACGACGCCUCAGAGGUUUCAGCUGAAAUAAAACUCUGUGAAGCAGGAAAAUGCAGCUUUUUGAGACCUAACGGAAGAAACAUACUAAAGACAUUACUGCUGGACGCCCUCAUAAGGGAUUUCCAGAAAAGAAAGUGACACAAACACAAAGCACUAGAAUGUGUCCAAAGAAACAUGUUUUCCAGCAAAGCGCAUGACUCAUUUGGAUUUCAUCCAAACUGUGUUCAUUUAUUUCUGUGAUUCCUAUUUAUUAUUUUAACUGUUCUUUAUUUUGUUAUUGCAUUAACAUUCCGAGUAAAGCUACUACAGGCACUAUGUAUCCAUUUGCAGCUGUUCCUACAAU